AUGCAGUCCAUUUAUUGGACCGGGAGGCUGCUGUCUCGGGCGAUAUGGAAUGGCAUAUCAAAUUAUACAGCAUGCGCCGAUCCUAACGUGAACAAACGUCGCGAGGCAUCGUUUAUUUCGGCUGUGUGUGGUUUUCCAAAAGAUUUCGCGCGAGGACGUAUACGUAAAGGACAAUUCGGUGAUGACGCAUGGUUCAGUGCCAAAUUCAAAACUGUCGAAGUAAUAGGUGUAGCAGAUGGUGUAGGUGGAUGGAGGCAUUAUGGAAUCGAUCCGGGAGAGUUUUCUAGUUUUCUUAUGAGAACUUGUGAAAGACUGGUUUCUAUGGGCAGGUUCACACCUUCUGAACCAGCUGGAUUACUAGCACGUAGUUACUAUGAAUUACUAGAAAGUAAACAACCCAUAUUAGAAAAUAGAAAACUAUGUUCUGGUAAUAGUAGUAGUUAUGUGGUUGUUUCAGGUAGCAGUACGGCGUGUGUUAUAGUUCUCAAUAAAGAAACGAGCAGCAUUUAUGCAGCUAAUAUUGGUGAUAGUGGUUUUGUAGUUGUAAGAAAAGGAGAAGUAGUUCACCGUUCUUCCGAACAACAACACUACUUUAAUACUCCAUUUCAGUUAUCUCUCCCACCUCCAGGACAUUCUGGUCUUGUACUCAGCGACAGUCCAGAAUCUGCAGAUACUUCGAGUUUUGGAGUUGAGGAUGGUGAUGUAAUUCUUUUAGCAACAGACGGAGUAUUUGAUAAUGUGCCUGACCAAUUACUUAUUACUGAAAUGCGUAAAGUUCAAGGGGAAAGAGAUCCUACUAAGAUUCAAGGAGUUGCCAACUCAAUAGCCUGGAUGGCUCGUAGUUUAGCUUUCGAUGGCGCAUUCAUGUCUCCAUUUGCCCAAAGUGCUAGAGAAAAUGGAAUUGAUACUAUA